CGCAGUAGGGUCGUCGACACCACUUUGUAUCCCCCAGUAAAAAGUCGAUAGUAUUCCUAAAGUAGUAUCCAAUUAAAAAUAUAAAAGUUUAUAAUUUGUUUCUAAAUUGAAUGUGGCUUAAUGCAUUAUGGUUAGUUUUGAGGUUAGGAUUUAUUCCAUUUUGUGGUGGAAAGUUUUAAUGAAAUUCGAUCGGCUGAAAAAAGGGUUGAGUAAAUCAAGGAGGGAGAAGCAGGGUGGGGGGCAAAUGGUUAUGUCUGUGCAACAUGGCGGAAGGGCUGGGCGUUUUUUCUGAAAUUUGUUGUACUUUCGUCUGAAUGACAGAUAAAAGCCAUAGAAAUGGCGACUUCACAGAGGUUCUGCCUUCGGUGGAACAACCACCAGUCAAACCUUCUUUCAGUGUUUGACCAAUUGCUACAUGAUGAGGCAUUUGUGGACGUAACGCUCGCGGUGGAGGGACAGUUCCUGCGAGCACACAAGAUGGUUCUCUCAGCAUGCAGCCCAUACUUUCAGUCUUUGUUUGUCGGACACCCCGACAGACACCCUAUUGUGAUAUUAAAGGAUGUGCCGUAUGCUGACAUGCGAUCGUUAUUAGACUUUAUGUACAGAGGAGAAGUUAGUGUAGACCAGGAGAGAUUGACUGCGUUCCUUAAAGUUGCUGAGUCUCUAAGAAUCAAGGGUCUCACAGAGGUUAAUGAAGAGAGAUGUGAUCUUCCUUCAAUAGCGUCUUCCUUAUUAUCAACACCCCCUAGUGCGCCACCACCUCCGAACCUCCAUCGUAUCCACCCGUUAUCACACAAACGAGUUCUGCCUCCUAUGGCCGCCAACCCAUUGUUGGGAUCAGCACUAACAGCACCCAAGAGGAAGAGAGGAAGACCUCGAAAGCUGUCCGGUAGCAGUAAUGGUCCCAACACGCCUGGUGAGGAAGACAACACUGAGCAAGAGAUGAGGCUUCAUCACCCAAACAGAGCAGACUCUCCAGAUUUCCAAUUUGUUCCAGCGAUGGUGGGCCCCCCGGACCUGUUGGAGGUGAACAUGGGUGACAGUGAUCAUAAUCCGCUGCAGAACGACGAGUCUGGGAUGGAGGCUGACGACACGGAUGGCAAGCUGGACAACUCUGAGGCUGAAGAAAUAGAGGAGAAACCGAUUAAACAGGAACCCACCCCCGGUACUUCAUCUCAUGAUUCGUCUUUUAAAGGCAGCAACUCACAAGAUGGGGACACCUUCAAUCCUGAAGUCGGAAUGCUACGUUUGGUACCACACUCUGAACUGAUGCCAAAAAACGUGGAUGGGGAGGAGGGACUUGGCAGCAGCGAAGGCGGGGCCAGUGGCGAGGCAAGCAUCAUCGAAGAGGGAGACAAUGAAAACAACAAUGAGAGUUUCAUCGAGGAAGUGAAGAACUCCAUUGGUGAAAUGGAAGGAGAGCAAGGCCCGUUUGGAGUGGGGCCAUGUUUUUCCGAGCCUCCCCCUGCCAGGCCCGCGCCCACUCGCAGACGCAUCCGUCGCCGAGCCACCUCCUCCUCUGAUCCAGCAGAGCAGCUCACUGAGAUGUCAGUCCGAGGUCUCAACCUUUUCCGCUACGCGUCUGUUUCUGAAGGAGUCUACAAGUGUAUGGAGUGCGAAAAAGCAGAUAUAUUGAAAACAUUUAAAAAUAAAUAUAGCUUCCAAAGACAUGCAUUCCUGUAUCACGAGGGCCAUCAUAGAAAAGUGUUUCCUUGCCCUGUAUGUUCAAAAGAAUUUUCCAGACCCGAUAAAAUGAAAAAUCACAUGAAAACAGUUCACGACUGUUUCAUGCCAAAAGAUUGUGUUUUCCCUCCGGCAGUAGGGUUUUUUCUGCCCCCAUAACUAGCAGUGUGUGGUAAACCACAAGACAAUUCGCAACUCAAUAUAUCUGCUUUAAGAGAAGCAAUUGCACAAAAAUUGGCUUAACCAUUUGACUGUAGCUUUUGUAACAUGUUUACCAGAUUGCUUUAUUUAACAAAACAGUUAAGUUUUAUAAUUUUUACAAAGAUGCAAAAUAAUGCACAAAGCACAGAUAAUUUAAUCCAAAAGCCUUAAAGUAAAUAUAGUAGAAGUGACAUCACUUUGUAAAAAAAAUGUUGUAGAACUGUGAAAACUACACCAAUCACACAUUUCUGUUUGACUAACCUGGAUUGUUUGCACACUGCUACUUCUUGUGUAGGCAUAAUCUAGUAAAUGAAUUGUCUGUGCUAAAGUGCGGUUACUUUAUAACAUUGUGCAAUGAUAUGUCAUUAAUGUUAUUUUUUAAUCUUUACACUUUUAAACUUUUACUGAGAUUUAAAUGUUGCUGGAAAGGAGAAAGCAUGUUGAUUAUUAAUAAUGGAAAAAAUUGUAAAUUAGUAAUUACAGAAGACUUAAAAGAAAACAAAAUUUAAAAUUCUAAAUAAAUUUCAAAACACAAUGUAACACUUUUGGUCCCAGCAGUUAAUCUACAACAAGUGUAAUUAUCCUGGUCCGCAAUACUCACAUGGGGUCGAGAGUGUUAACAAAUGAUCAAUUUAUAAGUUUUAGCAAUACAAAUGACCAUAGUCUCUCGUUAUGUACUAAUCAAUACACCUCGAAGUGACAAUGUGUUUUUAAACUUUAAUAUUGAAACUACAUUUUGCAUACAUGUGAUAAAAUAUCUACCAAAAAAUACUAAACUGCAAUUAUUCUACAAUUCUGUUAAAUGUAUAGGUAAGUUAAAAGGGCUGGGAAGUUGGAACAACUGUUUGUUGUUAGUGGGUGAAUUUUAAUUGUUAAGGAAUUAAUUUGAUAAAAUAUCAGAUUAUGACAUUUAAACAAUUUUGUGACAGAGCUUCUCUUUUCCAGCACAACUUUUUGCCCUUAUUAAUAUUUCCACAUCUAGCAUGAAUAUUUUUAUUUGUAGGCCUGUUCAUUUUCUCUUUGUGAUAUAGAUUUUAGUUAAUGCCUGUGAUUAAUUUACCAUCUGUAUUCUGACUUUGAUUUCAGAGUAGAUGUACUGUUUCCGGUGAAUAUUCCAAACCUAUUUUGUUAAUUUCAUAUUUGACUGUGUACUUUUGUAUUGUAAAAGCAGUGUUGUUAAUGUUAUGAUUUUUUAAUUUUUAUAUAAAAUUACGAGUAAUCUUUUAAUCACUUAUAAAUUAAUAUGUACCUCUCAAAAUCGAUUUUUGUGUGGUCAUAUUAAUAAAAGUUUAUAAUUAUAUUAUUGAUAUACUGGUUUAUUGCUUCAAAAAUCUAUGAUUGCUUGAUUACAGUAAUUUUGCUGGUAUGUUUAUUUGAACAGGUUAGUGUACACAGAGUUUAAUGUGUACUAAAGUUCCUGAAUUUCCAAUUUUUCUUAUCUUUCUGAUUUAAAGUGCAAGUUUUCAUGAUAAAUAUUUUAAUAAAGAAAUAUAGGGAAAAUACUAGAACCAAGACAACGAAGGGAAUUGGAUAUUAGAAAUGUUAUGAUUUUAUGAAAUUAAUAUCAACUAAGUCGAUUUAUUUGUGACUCUCCAACUAACUAUAUUUCUUUCUUCGGAAAGUAUUUCAGAUGCCAAUAUCGAAAAAUUCGUUCAUAAUAAGUAAUAUAACAUUGCUAUUUAAAAAUGAAGUUAACAAGUUUAUAAUUCAUUUUUGUUAUUUAUAGCUUUUAAUUAUUUGAACAAUUAAAUACAGUUUAUUUGUUACCGCAUCUUGCAUGUUUCUCUUUUCCGAUUGUGGAAAUGUUCUUUUGGGCAAUACCACUUAAAUUGUGGUCUUAUAAGUAGUUUUUCCAUUUUCUUAUUAAAUUGAGUUGCCUCCUGCCUUGUGAAGUCUAUUGCUAUAAUUUAUCUGGAACAUUUAUUUUUUAAUUGGCUGCCAUCGUUGUAAAAAGUAGGACUUAAUUUUUCAUAUUUUUAUAAGUCUGUUAAAUUAAGUUUUAAAUUUAAAGAUAUUUCAGAUUUUUUAACAUGAAUCAAGGCUGGUGUAUGUAUAUAGUAAUAAUAGAUGACAGCCAGCUUUGAUCUGUGUAUGCACACCAAGUAAAUAUUCCAAUUAAAUUGAAGCUUUAGGCAAUCCAACUCACUCAAUACAAAUUUGUGUUAAGAGGUGAUUGUAGUUUUGGUUGAGUUGGAUAUACCACGAACACUGUUAGAUUUUAAUAUUUUGUAAAUAUUUAUAAAUAUGUCAUUGUUACAUUAAUAACAAAUUUAUAUAAAUACAAAUUUAUAUACUUAUAUUUAUAUAUUAAACUUAUUACACCUUACAAAGGUUAAUUGGAACGAAUAAUGAACAGCAAAGAGCUACCUUAGCGAGGUGAAGUUAGCAGCGCUCUGUAGGCGCUAAUGUUGGUGAUAAUAUUUAGCUUAUUUAUAUUGUACAGUUGGCAGUCAUGUAUCAUAGUAAACUUAGGUUUGGUGUGUCUGUCAGUACACUAUGAACGUAUGUGCAAUGUUUUAUUAUUAUUGGUUAUAAUUGACUGUUUUCGUUAACAUAUGGUUAACUUUUAUGAUUUAGUUAAUUGUGUAUAUUGUUUAUUUCUUAGUUUUUCAUUAACCAAAAUAUCACACGUUUGUUUUACUCUUUGUUUUUAUCACAUCGGUUGUAUCGUUUAUUAAUGUUGAUCUGUUUUAAAUGUGUUUUUAUAUGCAGGGGAAUUAUGUUAAGAGUUUAUUGUAUUUGUUUUAUAAAAUUCUGUUACUCUCUGUUGUUUUAUAUAUUAUUAUGUGACUGCAAUUCAAUGUAUUCAUUAAUGGUGCCUUAUUGCUUAUUGAGAAAAAAUUCGACAGUGAAAAGUGUCAGACACCACACCAUCAUAUAUAUAUAAUAAUUGUUGUCCCCUUCAUUGUGAUUCCCCUGACUCCACCUCAUUACUCACGGGCAUUUUAGUGUUUUAGAAUUUAUUACUUCUAGUUAGUUGGGCUUUCAACUGUCUGGAUAAGAUUAAACUUAUAUUUGUCCACUAAUGAGCCCUUUGUAACCUCUAAAAUAUUAAAUAUUGACUUGUUAUUUAUGUUUAUUUUGUUAACUUUUUUCAGACAGUUAAAAUUCAACUAUUUUACUGUGUAAUUACACUUUGGCUGAGACAUUUUGUUAUUAAAUCUGUUUAUAUUUAUAUUUUUAAAUGGCUGUGGUUUUUACUUUUCAAAAUAUGUAGUUGUUUACAAUUUUGGAUUAAUUAGUCAGGUCUGUGAGAGCAUCAGAUUCAAGACGCUGUACUUGGAGGAAGGUGAAGUGAAACUAAACUCAGCAUUCAUAAGUAUUAUUUUAUCCUAACAUUUUAAAAUUUACAAUUUAAAUAAACACAUUUUUUAAAGUUCAUUGUUCUGUGCAUAAAUAUAAAUUGGGGUAGGUAAAUACAUUUAUGAUUGUAAAAAUUAACACAUGAAAUUGUAAUAAAUAUUAACUGUAUAACUUCACCUAAUAUAAAAAUAAUAAUGAUGUUAAGUUAAUCAUUUCCUAACAGAUUAAUAUUUUAUAAACUUGUUAUGAUGUUACAAUACUACUAAAUAGUAUCAAGAACAAACAAAAUUAAAUUACAAAAAUAUAACACUAGUUGUAGAUGCCUUAAGUUAAAACAUGAUUAUGGAAUUUGUGUCUUGUAAUUCUUUGUCUAGUCAUAAUUUGAAAUUGCAAAAUCAACUAACACAUAAUAUGUUUAGUUGCAAAAUGUACUACCUGUAUCUAUUUAUCAAAGACCACGGCCGCAGUAUCCUGGUGCUAGCAAAUGUACUCAGCCAAAGUGUUACUGUAUAGUUCUAUCCUGUUGGUCAACUGUGUUGAAGGUUGAGGGUUUAAUGUGUUAGCUUUAGAUUUUAAAAUAUUCUUCCAUUAAAGAAAAGUAGCUUUUUAUAUGUAUAGAUUAGUUACCUCGUAAAACGUAAUUUGGAUUUAAUCCAUCUAGACACAACCAAAAACUAACAACAUAUUUUUAAGAGCACUUUCACAUAUUUAGGCAUAGCAAUAAAAUUGUUAAUUUUUAGAUGUGACCAACAAGUUUUUGUAAUAUCUCUUCAUAUUGCGUGUGUUGAACCGGCCUAACUCUGUUACAUUUUAUGUUAUUCUAAUUUGUUACAGAUAUUGGCAAAUAAAAAUUAGAUUAUGUUUUAGUCAUAUAUUUUGCUAGUUUUACAUAUUGAUAUUUAUGUAAUAAGUAAUGUUGAAAUCUAAAUUAAUCAAAACUUAUGCUAAUUUGAAAGUAGAUAAUAAAUUGUAAAACAAUUUAUUUUUUGAGAUUACAUUUUUAAAAUAUUUCUUAACAUUGUUUUGAGUUUAUUUAAUGAGAUAUUAAUUCUAACUCUUAAAUUGGCAGUUACAUAUUGUACCUCACAUUAUUUUUGCCAUUUAAACCUUUCUGUAAAAUUGUUUUAUACAAUUGAAAGUACUUGUUAUUAGUAUAUAUCAUUGUGUUUAUAAAACUUCAAAGAAUAAUACUUUAUUAUAACUUAAUUGGUUCAUAACAUUUACAAUAAUUAAAAAGAAUUGAAAUGCUUGACAAUUGUUUUGAAGACUGUAAUCUUGUUCUAGUUAUACAUUAUGUAUAAAAAGUUUCUAAAAACCUGCAAAAUAUAUUAAAGAAUCAGAAUUUUUUAUGAAUUAGAGAAUGUAUGUUUAAAUGAAAUACCACCGUAUAUGAGAAAUGUUUGUAACAAACUAUUUUUGAAAAUAAAACAAUGCAGAGUUAUAAGCAUAACAUAUUCAAAUGUAUAGUGUAAAUAACUGAGAUAAAUCAUAACACAUACCUUAUAUUAUAUAUUUGAGUACCACUAACAUAAACCAUUUUAUGUCUUGUUAUAUUUUUACUGGCUUGAAUUGUAUGUAAACAAUUCAAUUAAAGUACUUUGUCAUAAUUGUGUAACAAACAAAAUUGAAUAAAAAAUGUAGUUUACUUUGCAUUAUUAAAUAUCUGGAAGUUGUUGGGGUUUUUCCACUUAGAUUUUUGUGGGUAGCAGCAUAUUCAUACAUGUUUGAUAACAAUAUUUUUAUCCAAAACCAUUUGAAGAGUUGUAAACUGAACAAUUUGUAACAUCAGGAAAAAAAUCAUAAGAUAAAACUACAAAAGAACAACACUUUUCUCCUGACCUACAAAUAACAUACUACAAUAUUCUCUCAGCUAGACAGGACUAACAUCAUUGGAUCAUAGAACACUAGUACUAUACUAUCUCUGUGACUAUUCCCGCCUUAUGCCAUUCAGCACUAGAGCGCUCUAGGUAAAGUUGGCGGAACUAUCAGAUUGUGUUCUAUUAGGGAGCUCACUUUAUAUGUUGAGUCACCCACAUCUCAUUCCACAAAUUGUUUAUAUUCAAUUAGACCAAAUUGAAUUAAUGACUAAACCUCCAAAACAUGACAAACAUAAAGAUCUACCAUGUACCUUGGAGACUGAUGCAAACAAUGACAGCAGUUGAAGGGAACAAACUGUGCAUGUUUGAGUCACACAGUUGGCUCAUCCUACACAAGAAAUAACUGGACAAGAGAAAUAGUUCAUGUGUGGCGUGAAUCCUCUUUAUUAAAUAAAUUUCUAUCUACUUCAAUCCCAACUAAAUUAUUUAUAGAAAACUAUUUAACUCUUAGCACGCCGUAGACGGAAUAAUCCGCGAUGUUGUUAGGUCUUAUAACGCCAAAGACGAAAUAAUCCACCGAUCGAUAAAAAUAUAUUUUAUUACUGUUUUUGAAGUUUAUAAUAUAAGCUCAGUAUAUAAGCCACAAUACUAAGUAAUGUACUGUCUUGACCAAAUAAUCAAGUUGCAGCUGUCAGCUGGCUGUAGUAGGUAAACAAUAAAUUGUUUUGUUGCUGGCAGCUGUUCUCCCACUCCCGUCUGUACGCCGAUGACGAUACUAUCCGCCAUUACCGACUGUCAGUGGAGCAAGCAUGCAUUACAUGUAUUUAAUGCAAGUGUUACAUUAUUGUAAAAUUUUUUUGUGUUACUAUUCAUUAGGAAUGAAUAAAAAAAAUAGCUUUAAGGAAUUUUCAAUUUCAUUUUUUUACCUUAAAUAAAUGAGCAUAAUCUAAAAAAAUACUAAAUUUAUAUUGGCAUUCAAAGGUUUAAAAUAUACAUUCCACAAAAUAGAGUAGGUAAGUUCGGUAACAUCCGGUUGGGUUCUCAACUAAUAAUGUACUAUGUCAUCAGUGACUUAUGCUAUAAUGAACUUGAUAUAAACAUAUUAAUUCAACAUUGACAGUGGUCUAUAAUCCUUAUAAAAUGCUGCAACCCACAGCAAAACAUGUUCUGGAACAAAAACAACACUUUCAGAUUUCCAAAGCUAGUCAAACUAUCAUAACAAUGAUAAUAAGUCGAGACACUGGUAACCUAAUACAUACUAAAUAAGUAAAGAAAUUUAAUUAAUCUCAAAUGAUGACUGUUGACUGCCUUACAAGAGAUGGUGCCUGUACUCAAGUUUCUUGAAAGUUGUCAGUUACAGCAUUACCCAAAAAUGAAUUGGACACAAAUAUACUCAGCCUGAAUAAGCAUUUGAAACUAAUAAUUUGUAAAUUUUAAAUAAUUGUGUAUUUAAACAAAUCAGACAUAGGUAUAAUUGUUAUGACAAAGGGUAUUUAUUUAAUAAUUGUUGCUAAAGAGGAAGAACAUUUUUCCAUUUAAUUAAUAUGCUAACUACGUUUGUUUAUGAAAGCUAGACAUCUUUAUUUAAAUCUCAAUUAUACGUUUCUUCAUUUUGAAUUAACAUUACAUGACAACCUUCGAAUUUAAAUUUGUGAGGUUGCUUCUAGUUAUCGAACCUCAAGCGCUCCUCAAAAAUUAAAAGUAGUUUAAAAUGUAUUAUCAAGUGAUGUUUAUGUAUUUAGAUACUCAAAAGUCAUAUAUGGGUUGAACUGUGAAAUAAAUAGGUAAUGAACAUAGAACUUACUUUGUAUAAAUAAUAUCAACAAUUAAUUAUAUACAAUGUUAUAAAAUUUAAGGUUAAAAUUAUUAUUUGGCCAAUUUUUAAAUUUGUAUUUAAGAAAGCAUAUGUUUACUGUUAAUUAAAAUUUUUGUUGUAUAAUCUGUAUUGAUUUCAAGGAGAGCAUUCAUUUGUUACAAUUCCAGCCUUUUUCUUUAGUCAGUUGUAUUUGUGUGAAUGUAAUAAAUCCAUCUCCUUUGUUGGUCGCAUGAUAGGUAAUAUUAAUUUAGUUUAAUGUAAAGACAUUGUAAUAGUUUUCUUUAUUCUUUCUUCACUACCCGUUGUUCUUGUAAUUUUUCUCAAUGAAUAAAUAUGAAAUCUAC